CCCUAAUUUUACAGCGUCACGUCAACCGUCGUCGGUGCUCAACUCCCGCUGGAAGCUAGCUGCGUUUCUGGCAUUUUGUUUCUCUGCUUUUAAUCUCACUUGGUUUCCUCCGGUAGAGAUUCACCAUGACCAAUUCUCAGCCUCUUCCUCCUCUCCCUCGCCCGAAAUGGGUUACAGACCUCAACUCCCCUUUGCCACGUCCUUCAGCAUCAACAUCCAGCAUCCCCGACCCUCCCGGUUUCUCUCGCAAGACCGGGGGUAAAAGCCGCACACAGCAACCAACCCCAUCCAAACCCACCGAAACCGAUACUAUCAAGUUGAAGAAGGCCUGGGAAAUCGCUCUCGCCCCAUCAAAACAAAUCCCAAUGAAUGCGAUCAUGAUGUAUAUGUCUGGGAAUAGUCUGCAGAUUUUCAGCAUCAUGAUGGUGUUUAUGCUCUUCAAGGGUCCUAUUCAGGGUCUUAUCAACACAAACGCUGUAUUCGCCAAAUUCGAUACAGAGGCCUUACGCAGCAAGAUACUGGGGGUGAAGGCUGUAUAUGUACUAAUGCAGUUUGUGCUGCUGGCGCUAGGUGUGUGGAAGGUUAACGCUAUGGGACUUUUGCCGACUACGAGAUCGGACUGGCUAGCUUGGGAAUCUGAACGGCAGCCGUUGGAACGGGCUCAUUUUGCUUUCGGUUGAAACUGAUCCUGUUAAUAUUUAAGACCGGAGUAAAGCUUUAGGAAAUUAACUGAUUGUUGUAUCACGAAACGCUAGUUUUGUACAAAUCGCUUAUCCAAGACAUUGCUUGUCCCCCCAACGCAAAGGAAAU